AUUGUAAGGCCGUUUAAAUUCUGUAAAGUAGUUUGGUUCAUGCAGGGCUCUCUUUAUUUUCAGGGUGAUCUUGGUGAUCAAGGACCAAAAGGCAGAGAUGGUCAGAAGGGAAUCAGAGGAGAUGCAGGAGAACUGAUUCCAUCUGGGAACUGGCCAUGGUCAUCAGGAGGUCCUCCUGGUCCUCCUGGUGAUCAGGGUCCACAAGGAGAGAGGGGCCCAGUUGGAGACCAAGGCUCCCCGGGACCCCCAGGACGCCCAGCCUAUGAUUCACAGCAACAAGUGUUUGAUUUCUUCGGGCCAUUUGGAAGAAAUGCUGUCAUUCCAGGACCCCCGGGCAGCAAGGGGCGCCUGGGGGAGAGGGGCCCCCCAGGUCCCAAAGGAUCAUGUAAGUUUAUGAGGGAGUGAAUUUGUCUUCAUACAUGUACUCUAAGGUUUUAAACA